CCAAAACCGGAAGUUGUUGUGUGUCGCCGUCGAUAGUGACGGCUUGCUGUUAGGCGGAGGAGAAGUUAAAGUUCUUAUUUCGGGACUUCACUUGACUAAAGGUUACAGAAUAAGACAAGGAGGAUGACUCGUUUCGGUAUAUAUAUGUGACAUUUUACCGUCCGUCCGUUUCUACCGCUUAUUCUCUUUGGGGGCGCUGGUGCCUAUCUCAGCUACAAUCGGGCGGAAGGCGGCGUACACCCUGGACAAGUCAGGUUUGACAUUUUACCACACGCGGGUUUCCUCUCUGGACUCGCGGUAUUGUCGAAAAGCUAGCUAGCUAGCCAAACUCACGUCAACAACUUAUGUAGUCCACGGACUACCCACGCCGGGGAAAACUUGCCGAGGUCUAAUUGUGUUUCUGUGCCUGGUCCUGUGUCCACUAUGUGUGAUCCAGCUGCAAUUACGACAGAUAAUGCCCAGGAAAAAAACACCAUCUCUGUGAUGGACGACAGCAAGCAGGACUCAGCCAUGUGUUCCAGCAGCGGUGAAAUCAAGAGCAGUGCUGUUGUCAAAUACUGUGCGGCCCCACCUCCAAGCACAUAUGCCCUCCUGCAGGAGAAGACCGACCUGAAGCUACCGCCUGCCAACUGGCUGAGAGAGAACUCCCAGCUGGGUAGUGCUGGCACCACCGUGUUGGGCUCCAGCAGCAAGAGCAAGCCCUUUUCAAGUUUCGGGAUGGCGUAUGAUUUUAUUGACUGCAUCGGGGAUGACGUUGAUGUCGUAUCUGACUCUGAGAACAUCAAGAAGCUCUUGAAAAUCCCCUACAGCAAGUCCCAUGUCAGCAUGGCCGUGCAUCGCGUGGGUCGCACCCUUCUUUUGGACGAGUUGGACAUUCAAGAGCUAUUCAUGAGAUCGUCUCAGACCGGGGAUUGGACGUGGCUGAAAGACUUUUACCAGCGACUGAUGGAUAAGAAGUGGCAGAGGAAAAAGAAGAGCAAAGAGCACUGGUAUCAAAAAGCCAUCCUCUCCAAGUUUCUCUACUACAGUAUUAAUGGCGACUGUGCCGCCGAGCCUGUAGAGGACAACUUGAACGAUGGCGACUGCGGGGCGCAGGAGUUCAGCUCUUCGUGGCCCACCGCCUUCACCAGCUCCAACACGGAUGCAGAGUCUGCUGCUUGUAAACAGGAAAGCGUGCCCAUGGACAGCAAAUACGCUCUGGGCCAGGUGACGGCGGUGCCACAUGAGCAGAACCUGCUGGCACUCUUUAACGAGGGCGAGAACAGUCAGGGUUUGAGAAACGAUUUUGUGCGAAACAUCAUGUGGACCUUUGAGGACAUCCACAUGUUGGUUGGAUCCAACAUGCCUAUUUUCGGAGGAGGGCGCUACCCGGCCGUCAGCCUCAAACUCAGGGACGACAAUAAACCAAUCAACAUCCUGACCGGUAUCGACUACUGGCUGGACAAUCUAAUGUGUAACGUUCCAGAACUGGUUAUGUGCUUUCACGUCAACGGCAUCGUUCAGAAGUACGAGAUGAUAAAAACCGAGGACAUCCCGCAUCUGGAAAACUCGAUGUUUUCCACCAGGGUGGUGAAAGACAUUGCUCAGAACAUCCUCUCAUUCCUCAAGUCCAACUGCACCAAAGAGGGUCACACCUAUUGGCUUUUUAAAGCGAGUGGGAGCGACUUCGUGAAGCUUUAUGAUCUCACAACGCUGUGCGAAGAGGCCGAGGAGGAGAAUAGCCACAAUCCCUUCACGCUUCCUGUGGCUGUGUUACUUUACAAAGUGGCAUGCAACCUAAUGCUUAAAGCCAGUGAAAACCGAAAACACUAUGGGACAAUCCGAACUCUGCUUUUAAACUGUGUCAAGCUUCUGGACCAGGACAGGCAUCCCCAGAUAAUCGCAUCGGCGCUUUACAUGUUGUCGGAGCUCUUCCAGCUGGAUGAGUCUCAGGAGGACGACGACGGAGGGGAAUCGCUGCGGUCUUGUGGCUCAGAGGACGGCUACAGUAAUGACGACCGCGAGGAAGACGAGGAUCUGGAGGAGGACAGCGAGGACAGCGGCUCAGACAGCAACGGCCCUCAGGGUGACAGUAAAGCCGUGGCCGUCAUCCGCUCCGUCGGAGAGCUAUCUGUCCCAGAGAAAUACAAAUCCACUCAGCUCAUCCGACCUGGUUGUGCUUUUCCCGUAUCGCAAGACAAGGAGGAACGAUGCAGACACGUCCUAAACUACGUGUUGAAGGGGCUGAAGGCAGUGGACGGCAGCAUCAAGAAGGAGAGCGACCUCCCAGCGGUAGACCCCAACAUACCCAUCCCCCUCAAGUAUGAGGAUGGAAGUGCAGGCAAAGGCUGUGCUGCCGAGAAAGGCAUCUCUCCUCUCCUUGAAAGAGCAGGGCCCCUGCAGGCAGACCAGAAGCACCCAACCCGCUCGGGGAUGAUUCCUGGCACGUGGCAGCACCAAAUGAAGCUGCAGCUCUUCCUCAAGGCCGCCAAGGCGUACUACGUCUUGUCUGACGCCGCAACCAACCUGCUGAAGUACGGCCGAGCCUUGCGCUACAUCAAGUUGUCGCUGCAGUGUUACGAUGCGUAUUGUUGCAUUGGCAGCACGCUCCACCCGCAGGUGCUGCUCUUCCACAGCCAGUGCCUCUCUCUGUGCGGGGACAUCCAGCUGAUGUUGGCCCAGAAUUCCAACAACCGGGCGGCUUACCAGGAGGAGUACAGCUACCAGACCAAAGAGGACCAAGAGAUCCUACACAGUCUGCACAGGGAGAGCAGCUGCCAAGCCUUCAACAUGGCGACCGACCUGGCCACGGACCCCGAGUACCAGCUGUUUGUGAGCGGCAAGUGCUACGAGGCUGCCUACGAGCUGCUGGUUUCGCACACCUUGAAGGAGGACGCGCCCGAUCACCUGGCCCAGGUGCUCAAACGGCUGGGGAACAUCCGCAACGAGAUGGGCGUCUACUACAUGAACCAGUCGGCCGCCAUGCAGACGGAGAAAGGUGAGACCGGCGAGGACCCUUGGGACGGGACAUAUUGCCGUGUUCUAAAGCCCGGGUCUUCUUUUGCAGUGAAGACCUCGGUGUCGGUGGCCGAGCAGGACAUGUGGAAGAAGAGUUUUGCCUUCUUCGAGAAAGGCAUGAAGGACUUUGAGGCCAUCGGGGACAGCACCAACAAGGCCUUGUUGCUGUGCAACACGGGCAAGUUGAUGAGAAUCUGUGCUCAGGCUCACUGCAGCGCCCCCGCUGAUGACAGAGGGGAGUUCUCCCCUGAAGAGUCGCUCUACUACCACAAGGCUAUAGACUACUACCUGCGGGCCAUGAGGUCACUGUCAUGCAGAGACAACCACCCGGGAGUGUGGGACAGCGUCAACUGGGAACUGUCCACCACAUAUUUCACCCUGGCUACUCUUCUGCAGGACUACGCUCCGCUCUCCAGGAAGGCCCCGGAGCAGAUCGAGCGGGAGGUGACCGAGUCCAUGAUGAAGUCGUUGAAGUACUGCGACCUGCAGACCGAGUCGGCCCGCCAGCCGCUCUACCAGUACAGAGCCGCCACCAUCCACCACCGCCUGGCCUCCAUGUACCACAGCUGCUUCCGCAACCAGGUAGGAGACGAGCGCCUAAGGAAGCACCAUCGCAGCCUGGCCGAGCUCCACUACAGCAAGGCCAUCUACUUGUUCCUCAGCCUCAAAGACGCGCCCUGCGAGCUGCUGCGCGCCCUCCUGGAGAGGGUGGCCUUCGCCGAGUUCACCAUGGCGGCUCAGAGCAGCAGCGCGGCGAAGCAGAAGAGCCUGACCGCAGCUCUGGACAUCAUGGCGGAGACUCGCUUUGCGUUCCAGAUGAUCCACGCAGAACUUCUGGAGGAGCAGCGAGAAGGAAGUCAUGCCAACAUGUCUUCUCCCGACUGUUCCGGAUUGGACCUCCAGGAAGUGACGAAGUUGAUCCCCCUGUUCGAGUCGCGCUUCUCCGACCUGCUUCUGCAGCUGAUAAAACUCAUCGCCAAAACCAAACGGAAGCCCAGCAAAAGCGACGAGGAGCUGCUGAAGACCUACAAGAAGGUUUACUCCAAGCUGCUGCGCUGCGACAAAAACACGGCGCUCCUCGCCCGAGUGCAGCUCUAUGCCGAGCUCCUGCAGCUUCUGGCACCGCAGACCGGAGGUAACGACGCCGUCGAUAUGGUUUCGUGACAAAGUAUCACCAAUAUUUAAAGACUCUUUUUUUUUUUUUUUUUCAUCGUCAUUUACAAUAACUGCGUAUUUCUGCAGUAAAGACAUUGGGAUUAGAUUUCAAUGCGAUUGUACCAAAGAUACAAAAAACACAAUGACCUUUUAACAAGUCGCUAUUUUAACAGGAUUUCUUCAGGAAUUAAUCAGAGCAAUAACCCUUUUAUAAUUUUUCAUCACUCAGUUCACAGCACUCAGACUAGGAGUGUAAAUAAAUGGAGUAUAACAUCAGUUGUUACAUGACUGACGCCAUUUCCACGCAAUGAAGCCUUCCCAGGAGAUGAUUAUUUAUAUUUUUGAUAUGUGGAGCUUUCAUUAAUGCUGUGAACAUCAAGUUUUGUUUACUUUGCUUGAACACCACAGUGCAAUUGUCCACAUGUGUCACUGUAUGUACAUUAUAAACACCGUUGCUGUGUCAUUGCAAUACAGGAAUUGUAUGCACCUUUGCAUCAUCUACUUCUAA